UAUGAGCGUGCCAAGUGCUUGCUGAGAAAGCACGAAGACGAUCUGCAUGCACUGGCCAGGGCUUUGCUGGAGAACGAGACGCUGAAUGCAUCGCAGAUCAAGGAGAUUCUACACCACCAUCUGCAGCCGCAAGUGGACGAGGAUGUUGUGGUAGCAGCUCCAAACUAGAUUGUCGUGCUCAAAGCCCCUUUACUUAAUUUUUAUGUAGAGUUUCUCCUCCCUAAAGCCCUAGGUAGUGGAGAGAAGCUAUGUCUGGUGGCAUAGCCAGGGGGCGCUUGGCGGAAGAACGGAAGGCGUGGCGCAAGAAUCAUCCACACGGUUUUGUGGCCAGGCCCGAGACCCAGCCCGAUGGAUCGGUCAACCUAAUGACAUGGCAUUGCACUCUACCGGGCAAGGCCGGAACGGACUGGGAGGGCGGCUAUUUCCCGCUGGCGAUCCACUUCAGUGAAGAUUACCCCAGCAAGCCUCCCAAGUGCAAGUUCCCUCCAAACUUCUUCCACCCCAAUGUCUACCCCUCGGGAACAGUGUGCCUCUCCAUCCUCAACGAGGACUCUGGCUGGCGACCCGCCAUCACCGUGAAGCAAAUCCUCAUCGGAAUCCAGGAGCUGCUGGAUGCCCCCAAUGCCGCGGAUCCCGCGCAGUCUGAUGCCUAUCAGAUGUUCAUCCAGGAUAGAGACGAGUACAAGCGAAGGGUACGACAGCAGGCCAAGCUGUAUCCCCCGCCCGUCUGAUUGCUUUCACCUUUUACCAUGGCCUGGUAAAAGAAGAAACGUAGUGGAAGGAAUAUUCUUCAAGAAAAAUGUGGUAUGGGUUGGUUAUUAUACGCAAUUAUAUGCCGUGGAUAUUCCGCAAA